AUGAAGCAUGCGUGGUGCGUUUUGCAGGGAUUGAGGUGCGACUCGAGAUUAUGGGCUGAGGGUGAUAAUUUCUGCCGCGACUCAAAAUUGCGAAUGUUUUUUGGUCUUUUUAUGUGUAAGCCCAAAACAAUUUGUCUUCUGCCGAUGGAAGGCCAGACGGUCGGACACCCCCGGAUCCAGGCAGCUGGAAUGCAUAGGCAGCCAAAAACCGCAACCCCGCUGUACCUGCUGUGCGCCCAGGAGCUCAUUCUAGUUGCAGUUCCCCCUCCAGCCUCUAAGCCUUGCAUUUUGUUUUUGACGGCGAGCCGUCCAGUCCUGUCUGCGCAUGCGCCUCUCCGUCUCAGCCCCGUGUACGUGCAGAGCUGUGUUCAGUAUGGCUUCGGCGGGAAGAGAAACAUUGGCGGGAAGUAUGAAGGACAACCUGGCCGGGGAGCCCGGAGGAGAGGCACAACCCCUGUGUGUGAGGUACAUCGGGGGCCAAGUCCUGGCUUGUGGCCGGCGUGUUUCUCUGGAGGAAUGGACCGCCAAGAUAAAGUCGCCAUGCUA